GUGCCAGUGAGGGACGGGAGUUUGCGGGGCGGGUUGGAGCCACCGCUUCCGCAGGGCGAUGGGGCUGUGUGUGGUGCCGCUGCUGUUGCUCCUGCCGUCACUGCUGCUGUCAGCGCUAUUCUGCAGAGUCCAGGAGGUCACUUCUCUAUCGUCGCGCUCCUCGCAGUCUACGCUUUCGCCACCACAGGCCAUAGCAAACGAAAGCCAGCCGGCUGCGCCGCACAACAGUACGCAUCUGCAGCCGCCGGGCUCGCUGAGCUCGCAGCUACUGCGCUCUUUUUACGUGCUUAUUGGCUUCACCAGCCUGGCUGCGCUCUACUUCCUCAUCCGGGCCUUCAGGUUGAAGAAACCCCAGCAGAGGAGCUACGGCCUCCUCACCAACAGUGAGGACCCCACAGAGAUGGCCUCCCUGGACAGCGAUGAGGAAACCGUCUUUGAGACCAGGAAUUGGAGAUGACAUUCAGGUCGGGGAGGCAGCGUUCCCAGCAGCUCUGGGGGAAGGACAAGAGACAGGGCCUCACUCCCAAUGCCUACACACCUGGCAGUUCUGCUGGCCUGAGAGCUCAAGUGGGACCUGCCCAGCCAGCCUGAAGCCACCUUGGCCCUCCACUGCCACAGGACCACCCAGGAUGCCAGGUGCGAACCAGAGGGGCCUCUGGCUGCCCCAUCCAGAAUUCUGAGACCCUAUGACUGGACUUUGACUUGUGCCCUUGACCCUCCCCCAUGGGGACACAGCUGAGGCCUGGCAGGCAGGUGGGCUUAUGGUCCUGUCUGGGAGUGCCUUCCCACUGGGCUGAGAACAAUAAAGGCAGCAGUGGCUCCGUA